UUGAGUGUAGGAGGCAUGGAGGCGAUACUGAACUGCAGAACGGAGGAUUUUGAGGAUUAUUAUGGGCUUCUCGGCUGCGAUGAACUGUCAACGACUGAACAGAUUGUCAAUGAGUUUAAAGUGAAAGCUCUGGCCUGCCACCCUGACAAACACCCGGAGAACCCCAAAGCAGUGGAGGAGUUCCAGAAGCUACAGGAAGCUAAAGAGAUUCUCACAGAUGAGAAGAAAAGAAAGAAUUACGAUCUCUGGCUCAGAAGUCGAAUUGCAAUCCCAUUCAGCGAAUGGCAAGCACUCAGUGACUCGGUUAAAACUUCGAUGCAUUGGGCUGUGAGGGCCAAGAAAGAGCCGAUGCUGGAGGCAGCAAAAGACACAGAUCCCGUGAACAUGGGGAAUGGAGAAUCCACAGAGGAGCAGAAAGCUUCUGAAACAUCACUGCCAUCAGGCGAUUGUUGGCAUCACAGGUUUCGCUGGGCUGGUGAAGCUCCCUCUGGCCUUUUACUGAAGUUCAGGAACUAUGAAAUAUAAUUUCAUAUUUUCUGCUGUUCAGUGCAUGUAUUCUGCAUCAUCAGUAUCAGAACAGACCAAUCAUUUACUAUGCUUCACCAUGCUUAUGGCAUGAUUCAGUUGUUUGUUUUGUAGGAUGAUGAUAAUAUAUGUUGAAAUUAGUGUUCAGCAGUGAUGCUUUGUAUGCUUUAAAGGGUUAGUUCACCCAAAAAUGAAAAUAAUGUCAUUAAUUACUCACCUUCAUGCCGUUCCACACCCGUAAGACCUUCGUU